GGACUGUUUACAAAGUCUUCGGAUAGAACAACAAGCAUAUGUAGGCUUCGACUGAUAGUGUACAUCAUGUUAUCCAAUAUGGAACUCCCUGGUGUAAAAUCACGCUCAUGGUAACAACACUGCAAUCCUGCCCUCUCAAGAUACCAAGAGUCAUAUCCUGCAUUGAUGGGGGGUCGUGCCCACCUGAUAAACCGUUUUGUUCUGCUGUUGGAUGCUCAUCUACCUGCCCGGAGCCUUAUUUCUUGAACGGCUCUAACUGCGUGUUAUCAUGUGGUAACCUCUUAGUUAAUGAACGACAGUGUGUGUCGUCUUGUCCAGAUGGUCACUUUGAAAGAGAAUCGUUAACUGUAGCCGGUGGUCGUCCUUACAUAAAAAAGCAAUGUGUUGAAUUCUGCAACGAAGAUGAGUACAUCUUUAACACUUCAUGCGUUAAGACAUGUCCGUUAAGUUCACCAUACAUAGGGUCCGGGCAAGCUCCAGUGUACACAAAGACAUAUCAUGGAACACGUGUGUCAACAAAUGUGUGUGGAACAGCAUGCUCUUUAAAUGAACCGUUGAAAGAAAAUUAUACUGUUUUUGGCAUCAAUUAUACGAGAUGCAUUUUAAGCUGCAAAACUAUCAUAGAUGGAGACUUUUGUGUGUCUGAAUGUCAUUCAAAAAGGCCUGUGUUUGAAGGAAGAUGUGUCACAAAAUGUCCUUUGUCACACCCGCUGCUAAACUCAAAAUAUCAGUGUGUGCCUACUUGCACAUCGUCGCUCGUUCUUCAGAAACAGGAGUGUUUAUGUCCGCCACAUUUACCUGUUGUAUAUGAUGGACAAUGUUCAGCUAGUUGUAAUAAUUUAUUUAUGUACCCUCGUACUGAUGUGUCACUUUGUGUUGAUAGUUGCAAAGACACCGAUUUUACCUUAGAUCGGGUAUGCGUUGAAUUGUGUCCAAGAAACAUGUCGUUAUAUGUGAAGUCAUGUGUCCCGAAGUGCCCUGUUGAAUUACCAUACUGGUGUGAGACUGAUAAAGGGCAGGAGUGCUCUUUAAACUCAGGAAACAUCAGUGGGGGUCAUUUUGUUUGUACAAACAAGUGUCCACCUGGUAUGUAUGUUGUAAAUAAUGUCUGUGCAUCACAGUGUCCACAGUUUUCGAGCAAUGGAGAAUGCGUUAUGUCUUGUUCUACUGACAGACCAUAUGUUUUUAAAAACGUCACAUGUUUAAACAAGUACUUAUUCACGUUAUAUAGUGGUACUUAUUGUAUGCGCAUGUCUAAAAUUAUAACUGACCUUACAUGUGUUGCCAAAUGUCCGGCUGGAUAUCAGAUAUACAGUAAUGAGUGUGUUCUGUCGUGCAAUGCUCAAUUGGUAGCGUUUAAUAACUCAUGCGUAUCAGCAUGUCCAGAGGGAAUGUUUGUCGAGGAAACCUCAGCAACACAAAUAUCUUGGCAAGACAAUAAAUUUCCAAUUUCGGCCAAUUAUAAAAAGUUCGAUGUUAUAGGGAUCAAAGAGCACAUAAAUGGAACGAAGUGUGUUGCAAAAUGCGACAAAUUCGUGUUUAACGGUAAAUGCAUCGAUACUUGUCCAGACUCUUUUCCGUUUGAGAAAAACGGGAGUUGCGAUAACUAUACUUGCGGAUCAUUCUACUACGAAAGUAAAACAAACAAAGCGCACCUUCACUGUGUACCUCGUUGUAACAACGGUGACGUGUCAAUUGGAUAUCAAUGUUUUCAGGCAUGUCCUGAAAGCGCGUAUCAAUAUGGUGAUACAUGCGUCAUGUCCUGUCCGCCAGAAGCACCUUUUAUCGAGGUGAACAUUACAUCGGAAUGUAGAGGGGAAUCAUGGUGCAGGCCUGGUUUAAGGCAGAAAAGUUGUAGAAAGUUCUGCUCAAAAACAGUGUUGAAUAUUACUAGCAUAGCGAGUUGUGUUGACGUUUGCCCGCCACCAUUGUUGGAAUACAACAAGAGAUGUGUUCAAAACUGUCCGGUGGAAGCUCCAUUCAUAAACAAUACUUUUGUAGUUAUUCAGCAGUGGCAAUACGGCUCGGUAUGGAAAGUAAAAAAUGUUACAAAAACGUUCAAUGAAUGUGUCUUUUCGUGUGAUGUAAGGGGAAAACCACUGGAUAAAAGCAAGUCUUUUUGCACCAGCGAGUGUCCAUCGAAUUUGCCUUUUAUUAUUUCAAACGUAUGUUCUUCAGGUUGUAAUGAAGCGAUGCUGAGAAAUAAUGAGUCUUUUGGGAUAGAAUGUGUACAUGAAUGCCCGAAAGGAAAGGUGAACGUAAAUAAUCAUUGUUUAGACCCAGCGAGUUGCGGUGACGAGAAUGCGUAUGAAUAUGAUGGCAGAUGUGUAACUUCGUGCCCAAAGGAAAGGCCUUUUGGUAUGAACGGAGUAAAUAGAAGCUGUAUUGCUGAUUGUGGGAAAGAUCAUCUUUAUUCCAAUGGAACGUGUAUUAAUAAAUCCAAUUGCAAAGAGUCCAUGAUUGUCUUUAAAGGCCAAUGUCUCGAGAAAUGCCCAGACGGUUAUGGAAGUUUUUAUAAAUGCUACCACGUGAUGUUCUUCGUGUUGUUUGUAAUCGGAGUGUUUGGUUUGUUGACCUUUUUCAUUGGACUUGGAAGACAAAUCUUCAAGGAAUACUUCAUCGUAUUGCGCAUGAUUGUCUCUGAUUCAUAUAUAUCUUCAACGACACACAUACUUUCAAAAAGCCUUGAAACUAGUGGAUUGGAACUAGAGGACGACUAUGACAUCGGCAGCUUUGGUAUUGAUAUUCAAGGUUUUGAUGACGACGUGCCUCUUUUGCGACUGACGGGAAUCGUUGAUACGAGUGAGGCCAGCACUGAAGCCCAAACGUUAGCAGAUGUCCAUGCGACGGAAAGUGAUGCCGAUGAGACUCUCUGUAUAUAGUUAAAACAAUUAUAUAUUUACUAGCCUAUAUCAUUUCACCAUUUGUCUCUUGAAACUUUGUGUAUUAUAUUAUUGGGUAAGGUGAAACAAAAGAAACAGUAUCGUAAUUUAUUUUCUGGAUUUUCAAUACUGUCAAUAGACAGUUUAAUCAACAUACACCACUGUUUUCAAACUUCACUAAUGUAGAACAUGUACAUGUAUUAGUAUUGUCAUGUAUAAACUUCAAAGCUAUCUUCAUGCGACGAUGUAACACAUUAUAACACUGGAUGAAACUUGAACAGAAAUGACAGAAGAUUAGGUUGUAGCUGAGAAUAAUCUACAUGAAGUUCAAUGGAAAAGUCUGAUUAUUAAAUUUUUAUUUUUAGAAUAAAGUGUAUAAUAAAAAUUUGAAUCUAUGAAAGGUCAACCCAAAAAAAUGAACAAUAAUUACCUUUAAGUGACUAUGUUGAAGACUUAAUAAAAUUUAAAAUCCCUUAUUACUAAAAAUAGAAAGUAGUGGAAUCUCCAAAAGGGAACCAUAUAGCAAGACUUAUAGCUGCCCUUGCUUCAAGAGUAAACUUUACAUAACUAUCAGAUUUUAACAUUUUGGCCAUUUUGUUGUUGUUGUUGUUGUUGUUGAUCAAUCAUCCCCUUUGGUGUAUUUUUGUAGAGGGUCACCCAAGAAAGCUUUCUGUGAAGUUUAAUUGAAUUUGGACUGGUAGUAUUAGAGGAGAUGGGUUUUUUAAGCAAAAUAGGAAGUUGGCCAUUAGUGUUGUUGUUGUUGAUCAAUCGUGCCCCUUGCUGUAUUUUUGUAGAGGGUCACCCAAGGAAUCUUCCUGUGAAGUUUCAUUGAAUUUGGACAGGCAGUUUCAGAAGAGAAGUUUUAAGCAAUUGUUGACGGACGGACGGACAGACGCCGGCCAAAACUUAUCACAAUAGCUCACCAGAGCAGAGUACAUAAAAAUGUGUUCAUACGCGCUGUCAAAAAAACGUAAACAAACAUCAGAAACAUUGUUUCGAAAUAAAUCCUGUCGGUCUCAACAAACUCAGCUCCACGAUGAAACGAAUGAUGAAGAAGGCUGGGCUUAAUCCAAACAAACGGCCCCCUGAUCACAGCGCAAGAAUAUACCUCGUCCAGGAAUUGAAUCAUGAAUGACAACAAUGUUCCUGCGAACCUGAUUAUGCAAAUAACGGGACACAAGAACAUUGCAUCUUUAAACAACCAUAGCCACAUAAAUCCAAAUCAACACAAGGAAAUAUCCAACAUCCUGUACUGCAGAGGAAAUACAUGCACAAUGCUCAGUCUAUGUACACAGUUCGCAAGCAAUGUUCAAGAUCACACAGUCACUGUUUCCACAUGAAAUCUCACUUUAUCUUUUACAACAUUUUUAGUGCUCCAAUUCGCGGAGGUAAAACUCAUUGUGCAUAUCCAUCAAAAUGAUAAAAAUCCAUAAUGUAAUCCAACAGCUACAAAGCGAAUUCGCACUACAGAAAGCGACUGUGACGCUGACUAACGGUCUUUUCAAACUUCAAACGCCAAAUGACAUGUACACACUCGCGUGAUUACUAAUGAUGUCAUGCAGUUAGGACAUUGCUCUUAUCAUUGAUUUGCUUGAUUUAAAUGGAUUGAAAUGUGUAUUCUUGUUUUCUUUUAAGUGAAACUUUUGAAAAUCGGUUGGUAAUUAAGACAUGAAUUAUGUUUUUUUAUUGUAAAUAAAAUGUUU